UGUAGUUUGAGUUCCCGUGGUUGUGUUAAUUAUCACACAGCUCUUUGAGAAAAAGAGUUGUAGAGUGACGGCGUUCAACAUGAGUUUUGUUGAGUACUCGGACUUCAUUCAGGAUGGGGAUGUGGCCAUUGUUUAUCUGAGCCAUGAUUCUAUGAUGCCAGUCAAGGUACAGCACGGCGCCCAAACACAGACACGCUACGGCGUUAUUCGCCAUUCUACAGAUCUAAUAGGUCAGCGUUAUGGGUCCAAGGUCACGUGCAGCAAGGGAGGAUGGGUCCACGUGCUGCACCCCACACCUGAAUUGUGGACGGUUGCAUUGCCACACCGCACGCAGAUUCUCUACACUACGGACAUCGCCACCAUCACCAUGAUGCUGGAGUUGAAGCCGGGCUCCAUUGUCUGCGAGUCAGGUACAGGCAGUGGUUCUCUCUCCCAUGCCAUUCUGCGGACUAUUGCCCCCACGGGUCACCUGCACACAGUGGAAUUCCACCAGCAGCGGGCUGAGAAGGUGGCUGAGGAAUUCAGGGAACAUCGUGUAAGCCACCUGGUCACCGUAAGGAACCAAGACGUCUGUAAAGAAGGCUUUGGAGUCACAGGGGUAGCGGAUGCUGUCUUUCUGGACAUCCCCAGCCCAUGGGAAGCAGUGGGACAUGCUAAAGCCGCGAUGAAGAAGCAUGGAGGUCGAGUGUGCUCCUUCUCACCGUGUAUCGAGCAGGUUCAGAGGACAUGUGAAGCCCUGGCACAACAGGGGUUCCAAGAGAUCAGUACCCUGGAGGUCCUGUUAAGAGUCCAUGACGUGCGGACUGUCUCACUCCCACUGCCCGACUUCGGCCCCGAGCCAUCUGCUCUUCCACAGUCUAAUGCCAUGGGCGAGGCGGAGUCGUGUCCUGUCUUUGCUCCAAACCACACCUCCGUCAGUCUGAAAGCCACCACACCUCCCAGAGAAAUGCCUGGUCACACAGGGUACCUGACCUUCGCCACUAAACCAAGGACUUAGAGCUUUCCGCCAGCUGUUCCACAGGAAUAUGAACAUGGUUUAUAAUCUUCUGUUUUGUUUUGGGGUUUUUUUGACAUGCAGAUUAAUUCCAGCGGGUGAGCUGAGUCCUUCCAGGCCACGGCUGGUAGAGCCGCGCCAAGAGGAUUUAUAGCCUGUUACAUAAUUUGGUACUGCAUUCACUUGGCACCCGUGUGCUGCUUGCAUCACGUCGGAGUGAAAAUGAAUGAGCAGCAGUUUGCUGUGGAAGGAAUUUGCUUUGAGAUGGUGACCAAUAAAUUACUUUUAACAAACGUU